AUGCCAACACCAAGGAGGCAUACCACUCAUCCCCCUGCCCCCCCCCUGGGAAAAGCUGAUCACAACCUGGUUCAUCUUCUGCCUGUCUACAAACCUCUGGUGCAGAGAGAACCAGCAACCACCCGCACUGUGAAGAGGUGGUCUGAGGAGGCCGAGGAGGCCCUGAAAGACUGCUUUGAGGCCACUGUGUGGGAGGUACUCAGCGAUUGCCAUGGGGAGGACAUUGACAGUAUGACAUCAUGCAUUAUGGACUACAUAAACUUCUGUGUGGAAAACACUGUACCCACCAGGACUGUACGCUGCUUCUCCAACACCAAACCCUGGAUUACUCCAGAGUUAAAAGCUCUCCUGAAGGAAAAGCGGAGAGCUUUUAACUCUGGAAAUAAGGAGGAGCUGAAGGCCAUGCAGAAGGAGCUAUGGAGAAACAUCAGGCGGGGAAAGGAAGGAUACAAAAAGAAGAUGGAGGAACAGCUGCAGCAGAGCGACGUCAGCAGACAAACUGGGAGCCACAGUGGACAUCAAAAUCCUGAUGGCUCGACCAAUGAGUCCAGCAUCCUGGACUCCCAGAGGGCAGGGAGGGCUACGCUAGUUCGCCAGGCAGAAAACCUGUGCACUGCGACAAAAGCCCGAAAUGAUGCUGUUCUGGGGAUACUGGGCCUCCCCGUUCAGGACGUCACCUGGCCUUCACCUCGACCACCACCUUUACCAAAAAGAAGCAUCAGAUCCCCUCAACGAAGAAGGAAGAUCGCCCCUCGUUCAGAUGUUCCUCGUUUGAACACCAAGGACAUCGACAGACACCAGAGUCCUGGAAGUCUGGAUGAGGAGGACGACUCCUUCUGGGAGAAGGUGCUUCUUGGCAGCCAGAUGGCUGUCCUCGCAUGUAAGGAGGCUCAAAUGGCAGACGGAGACCAGAGCCCAACCUCCUCCCUCAGCUCGGUUGAUUGUAAAACACCGAGUGAGCUGAGGGCCAUCGCUCUGAUUGAGGAACCAACAACUCCUCCUCCUCCUCCUCCUCAUCGAGCAGUCACACUGUUCAGGAGAAGAACAUCUCGUCUGCCUGUACUUUCAGCCGAACAGAGUGGAGCAGAGAAAGAGGUAGCCGAUGGAUGUAGGCUACAAUCGGCUAAAGGGAAAGUCGAGGCCUUUGUGGAGAGACUGAAAAGCCUCCAGCUCGCCUCCAUCCCUUCACCUCGACCUCCAGCAGCUCCAACGAUGACCCCUGCAGCGACGCUUUUGGCACCCACCCCUCCAAGAGUUCCCCAGGCCAAGAAACGAGGGACUCGACCCGGGGUGGCCCUGCGUCCCGCAAAAGCCGUCAGCGUGGCAGGCAAGGACACAACCACCGACUGCAGCCCUAACGCUGCAAAGGAUAAAAAGGUCAAGAAGACGGAGCUACAGCAGUUGACCAACCCUGUGCAGAGCCUGUCUGCCUGUUUCAAGCUGCUCUCCUUAAAUGACUGGGAGAAGAAAAUCGACGGCUUGAAAAUCAUUCAGGCGCUUGCACAGCACCACCUGGACACACUGAGGACAAAACUCCAUGAAGUAUGUCUGGUUCUCAUCGUGGAGGUGAACAACUUACGCUCAGCCGUUGCUUGUGAAGCAAUGGACACCUUGGCAGAGCUGUACGUUCACCUCCAAAAGGCCAUGGACCCAGAGGCAGAGGGAACAGGCCGAGCCUUGCUGCUGAAACUGGCACAGGCAACGAGUGCCUUCAUUCACCAGCAGGCUAAUCUUGCUCUCGAUGCCCUGGUAGACAACUGCAGCCAUGGUCGCAUUGUGAGCGCUCUUUUGAACGCAGGCCUGAGCCACCGAUGUGCUGCAGUCAGAGGCAGCAUGGCUCAACAUCUGCACCAGCUGGCUGACAGUCUGGGAGCAACUCGCAUCUUGAGAGCAGGAAGGACACUCACAGAGCGCUUCCUUCUUGCUGUCUCCAAGAUGUGUGUCGAUGGUGCACCAGAAGUGAGGCACCAUGGACAGAUAGUCCUCUUAAAAUUGGCCGACCACAAGGGCUUCAUCAAACCGUGGACAAAGAUCAUUCCAGUAAACCAAAGAUCAUCACUGGACAAGAUCUUAAAGAAGGCCAAGAAAUAG